CUUGCUUGGACUGCAUUUGAAAGGGGUGAGAAGUCUUUGCGAUCUGGAGCUAUGGCUGGAACUAAACUCACCAGCAUGAACCACUUCCUUGAAGCAGCCUGUGCCAUUCUGCUCCUCCUAAUACUGCAGAUCUGCACUCCAUCGGCAGAAGCAGCUUCGGAUUUCUACAACAGGAGAGCAGCGGCCGAGAAGGAGCUCAGGGAUGCGAAAAUUGAUGCGACAUCGCAAUAUUUUGAGGAGAGAGCACUGGCGGAGAACAACAACGACGACGACGGGGGAGAUGAAGUUGGUGCGGCUCCAUGUGGAGAUAUGAUGCGGCUUCUUCCGUGUCUUGCGGCCAUCACGGGCUCGAAGCCACCCGCGCCGACCUCUCAGUGCUGCAAGAUCGUCGUCACUCUGAGCGAAGUCUGCAUUUGUGCACUGUUGUCCGUACCGACUACAGGAUUUGACAUCAACGUGCCUGUGGCCAUGACACUUCCGACGCUGUGCCAAAAGCCUCUUCCCAAGGGCUUUUCUUGCGCAGGUUGAGCUUUUGUUCUCAGCUGGAUAUGGGUCAUACUAUACUUCCUCCUGCUUAGUAUAUCAUAGGGAUCUAGACUGUUUUAGUAUCUCCAAGGAAUACACGAGUUAAUGUAGGAUGUAGAAGAAUAUACUCCUUUAUCUAUCGGCACUCCUCUAAGAAUAUGUCAUUAUGUCCUUUUGUUCUCAGCUGGAUAUGGGUCAUACUUCCUCCUGCUUAGUAUAUCAUAGGGAUCUAGACUGUUUUAGUAUCUCCAAGGAAUACACGAGUUAAUGUAGGAUGUAGAGGAAUAUACACCUUUAUCUAUCGGCACUCCUCUAAGAAUAUGUCAUUAUGUCCUUUUGUUCUCAGCUGGAUAUGGGUCAUACUUCCUCCUGCUUAGUAUAUCAUAGGGAUCUAGACUGUUUUAGUAUCUCCAAGGAAUACACGAGUUAAUGUAGGAUGUAGAGGAAUAUACACCUUUAUCUAUCGGCACUCCUCUAAGAAUAUGUCAUUAUGUCCUUUUGUUCUCAGCUGGAUAUGGGUCAUACUUCCUCCUGCUUAGUAUAUCAUAGGGAUCUAGACUAUUUUAGUAUCUCCAAGGAAUACACGAGUUAAUGUAGGAUGUAGAGGAAUAUACACCUUUAUCUAUCUGCACUCCUCUAAGAAUAUGUCAUUAUGUCCAAGUACGAAACGAAGAGUUGUAAAUUUUCCCGCGAGCUCAGACUAGGGCAAUAAAGCACACCUUG